AUGCCCUACAGAUCGUCAAAGUGUUUAAUAACGUUAGCUCAGCUAGGCACUUUUAAUACGCGAACGGAUAAACGAAUCAAGAGAAUUGUAGAAACCGGAGGCAAAGAAUGCGAUUAUGUACCAGGCUCUAUUCCUGUUGAAUGGGAAGCAUGGCUUCGAGGUAAACGUGUUGAACCUCCCACUGUCGAAGAGCUCAUCGAGCGUGAACAGCGGGCACAAUUGCUUGCAAAGAGAGUAAUAGCGUUAGAAGAAAAGGAAGCACAGAUGCUGCAAAAGCCUGAAGUUGGUCAUGCUUCUGCACCUAUGUAUGAUAAAGCAGACUCUGAGGAUCAAGCAAGCACAGGCAAAGAUUUUCAACCAGCUAGUUGGAAACCAAAAUAA